AUGGCAAGCCGUCAGCCAAAUCCUCCUGCCUACCCCGCUACAGACAGCGCUGUUUUGUAUGGCAAUAAAGAGCUCUAUGCACGUAUUGGCAAAAUUGCUGAGCAAGAGGGGGGAAAGAGGCUAGUUGAGAAGUUCGAUAUUCCUAUUCGAAGUGGGAAAGCCUGGGUUGUGAAGAAAGGCCAACUCUGUGUUCUUUCCACCCCUCAAGGACCCCAAGUAGGAGACUUGAACAUCUUCUCUCUGCACAAUCCCCGAGAACAUUUCUGGGCCUCUCGGACCCGACAGUUACACGCCUCGCACGUUUCGGUGGGUGAUAGGCUGUGGUCGAAUCUACCAUACCUUAGACCACUAGUCACCAUCGUAGCGGACAGUUUGAAAGACUAUGGUGUGGAUGAAGUGGGUGGCCGGUGUCAUGACUUGCUUGGGACAAGGUGUGAUCCUUAUGUGGACUACCUCUUGAGUGGAGACGACUUCGACUACCACUGCCACUCCAACCUCGUUCGCGCUGUGCUGCCCUAUGGGCUCACUGAAGCAGACGUCCAUGAUGUCCUCAACGUGUUCCAAGUCACUAGACUAAAUGAAGACGGAAAAUACUGCAUGGAGACUUGCCCAGCAAAGCCUGGAGAGUAUUUUACGUUCUUUGCUGAGACUGAUGUGUUAUGUGCUUUGUCUACCUGCCCUGGUGGUGAUCUUUCUGUCUACGGGUGGGGCGGAGAUUCAGCUCAGAGGAUGCUGGAGACCUGCCGACCGCUUGGGGUUGCUGUCUAUGAUAUUGAGAACAAGGUUGAUGUGUUGGAAGGCUGGAGGGAGAGUGAGCCUGCGAAGUAUAAGGGUUUGCACGGCCUAAAGAUCCCGUGCGAGAAACAUGGGCUGGACAAUUUUCUCGAAAGUGCCACUACCAGCCAGCAACUUACUCUGAUGAGCAUGUACUACACCACCACCAUAGAGUAA